UUUCGUCAUGAGCUAGCCAUUAAUCAAUCAUCCACCCCCUUCCUUAUCUCUCCCUUCUGCUUUAUUUAUAGGUGUGCGAGAGCCAAAUUUCUUUGGCUCAAAUUGAAGCUGAGCAGAGAAAGAAAAUGGCACUUGAGGGUAAAAGGCUAUGCUGCAGGGCCAACUGUUUCCACAUGCCUUCAUGGUCAAUAUCGUCAAAACCAUCGUCCCAACAAGAACAAAGGGCAAGAGAUGACAAAGUUUUAUCAGCUACAAUUACCAAAAGAAAGCCGGGUGGAUGGAGGGCUAUGCCCUUCAUCUUGGGAAAUGAAACGUUUGAAAGGUUGGCUACUUUUGGAUUGUUGGCAAACUUUACGGUGUAUUUGGUGAAAAAGCUCCACAUGGAUCAGGUUUCCGCUUCCAAUGUUAUUUACAUAUGGUCCGGUGUGUCCAAUUUUGCGCCAUUGGUGGGCGCUUUCAUCUCUGAUGCCUAUGUCGGCAAGUUCCGGACAAUUGCCUUUUCAUCCUUCGCGUUACUUCUGGGAAUGGUGACGGUGACUUUGACGGCUUGGAUACCGGAGCUCCUUCCUCCACCGUGCACACAACAGCAGAAAGUCUUGGGUCAAUGCCUAGGUCCCACCAAAGCUCAACUGGGUAUUUUAAUAAUGGGACUAGGAUUUUUGUCGAUAGGCGGCGCCGGAGUUCGGCCAUGCAGCAUUCCGUUUGGUGCGGAUCAAUUUGAUCCAACCACAGAUGAAGGGAAAAAGGGGAUCAACAGCUUCUUCAAUUGGUACUACACCUCAUUCACGGUGGUCUUGUUGCUCGCUCAAACUGUAGUGGUUUAUAUCCAAGACUCUGUCAGCUGGGUAUUGGGCUUCGGGAUUCCCACUGUGUGCAUGUUCUUCUCGAUUAUCUUAUUCUUCAUCGGAACAAAGUUUUAUGUGCAUGUGGAGCCUGAGGGAAGCCCGUUUUCCGGCAUUAUGCAAGUUCUUGUGGCGGCUUAUAGGAAGCGCCGGAUUGAGUUUCCAGCCGACGGCGAGUUAAACGGACUUUUUUAUGAUCCUCCCUUGAAAGGGGUUGUAAUGACAAAGCUUCCUCUCACCGACCAAUUCAGAUUCCUAAAUAAAGCUGCCAUAAUAGAAGUGGGUGAACUAAAGGCGGCAGAUGGUAGUCGUUCGGAUCAAUGGAGGCUCUGCAGCAUCCAGCAGGUGGAAGAGGUUAAAUGUCUAGUUAGAAUCAUCCCAAUAUGGUCUGCCGGUAUCAUUAGCCUCAUGACCAUGACUCAACAAGGAACAUUUACUGUAUUUCAAGCCAUGAAAAUGGACCGCCACCUUGGCCCCCGCUUCCAAAUCCCAGCCGGUUCAAUAGGAGUCAUAUCACUCAUCACAGUAGGACUAUGGCUCCCGUUCUACGACCGCAUCCUCGUACCCGUCCUCCGAAAGAUCACGAAACACGAAGGCGGGAUCACGCUUCUCCAAAGAAUCGGAAUAGGGAUUGUUUUUUCGAUUCUGGCAAUGGUCGUAGCCGGGUUGACAGAACGGGUGAGAAGGGCUUCGGCUAUAAAACACCAUCAUCCCGAUGGGGUUGCACCCAUGUCAGUCAUGUGGCUAACACCCCAACUUAUUCUGAUGGGCUUUUCUGAGGCGUUUAAUAUUCUCGGGCAGAUUGAAUUCUUCAACAGACAGUUUCCUGAGCACAUGACAAGCGUCGGCAAUGCUCUUUUUUCCUGUUCCUUUGCCCUAGCAAACUACCUGAGUAGCUUACUGGUGAAUGUUGUGCACCACGUCACCGGAGGGCAUGGCCGGCCUGAUUGGUUGGCAAAUGAUCUCAACGCUGGCAGACUCGAGUAUUUCUAUUUUUCUAUAGCGGGGAUGGGGCUCCUGAAUUUAAUCUACUUUUUGUACUGUGCUCAUCGAUAUCGUUACAAGGGCAAUGCUGUACAAAUACAAGACAAUAAUUCCCAUGUUGACGUGGAGCUUCGGUCGGUCAAAGCUUGAAUAUUACGAACGUAAUAAUAUUGUGUUUAAUUACUUAGCUUUACUAUGAGGACACCCAAUAAGUAACAGAGGGCCGGGGUUUUCUUUAUAUGUAUGUAUAAUAUUCCAGUUGGAAUGUUAGCUGUGGAAUUAGGUAUAACGAAUUCAAUGAAUAUAUAGGGUACGUAUGGCUAUUCAAAUAAUUUGUAGCAGAACAAGUAUGGGUUGCUUGAGAAUUAAAUAUGUUAUCUACAUGCACUGCCUGGGUUCAACUAGCAUGCUUGCCACGCUAGCUUGAGCAUAGCAGUAGCAUUUCUCUU